AUGUAUCUUACCACAAGAGAAGUUCUUGAUAUCAUACUAGUUGGGAUAGGCUGGAAUUGUCUAAGAGGAAAACAUAAAUACCCAACUUGUAUGCAGUAUAUUUUCCUGGCUUGUGCUUCCUACUUUCUUCUACAGCUCUUCUUGUUCCCUGUUGGGCUCAAUUACACUGUUACACAUGUUUUAGAGAUCGAUCAUGCCCAUGGAGAUUCAAAGCUAUCAAGUAAUAUAAAAGACAGCAGUAGAAGAAAUGCUGAUGAUAGUCUACCUGUUGACAACAAAGAUUCCACAAGAACUGUUCCAAAAUUAUUUGAAGUAUAUAAGUUUGAUGAUUUAGAAGUGGCUACACAAAACUUCUCCUUCCUAUGUCAUGGUUCUCGAGACUUAUUCAUAGGUUGGGUUGACAAGAACACAUUCACACCUUCACUUUGGGGGAUGGGAAUUGAAGUUGCAGUUAAAUGGUAUAGUGAACUUCAGCCAAAGUGCCUGAGAGUGGUAAACGCCUUAGGACGGUUGUCUCAUCCAAAUAUUAUUCGUCUCUUGGGAUACUCCAUCGAUAAACAACCCCAAUGCUUGCUUGUUUAUGAGUACAUGCAGCAACAAAAUUUUGGUCACUUCUUAUUCGGAGAAGAUGUCGGCAGACCACUUUCUUGGGAAAGACGACUCUUGAUAAUAAUAGGAGUAGUCCGAGGACUCGCUUAUAUGCAUUCAUCAAUAAAUGAAGUCAUACAUUGUGAUGUGAAGUCCUCUAAUAUUUUUCUUGAUAAGGAUUUUAAUGCAAAACUCGGGGGUUUUGGGAGGGCACUAGUUGGCCGUGAUAUCGGGAACCCCCAUGUUGCGGGCACCUUUGGUUAUUUAGACCCAACUUAUAUUUUUACACAUUGCUUUACUGCGUGGAGUGACAUCUAUAGUUUUGGUGUUGUGAUGCUGGAAACCCUAACAGGCCAACGGGCAUAUGACAUGAAGCGGCUUAAUCAUGAUCGCUAUUUGACAAAAUGGGCAAGUUCAUUCUUCGCUGAUACAAUCAAGCUAAAGAAAAUAAUGGAUCCACGCCUUGAACAAAAUUACUCCCUAGAAGGAGCUUUCGAAUGCGCUAAACUUGCAGCAAGAUGUGUAGCUGAGGAUCCUAAAGAUAGGCCUUCAUGUGAAGAAGUUUUGCGGGGGUUGGAACAAAUAUAUGCCGUGAACAAAUAA